AUGUCAGAAGGAAUAAACACUACCAAUCUUUUCAACCUCUUCAACCACCUCACAAAAGCCAUGUAUACCAACAUCCUCUCCCUGGCCCUCGGCCUCGCCUCCGUCCCUCUCGUCGCCGGCCACCCCGGCGAAGACCACCACAAGGAGGCCAUGAAGCGCCGCGAGUUCCUCGCCAACAACGUCGCCAACCUGGAUCACUGCGCCGGCCAGCUGGAGGCGUCGGGUGUCACAGCGCGCUCCAUCCAGCGCCGUCAGAACCUGAUCCACGGCAUCCGUGAGAAGCGCGGCCUCAACGUCCGCAGCGAGGGCCACGUCGGCCGCAGCUACGACGCCGAGGUGAGCCAGGCGGCCACUUUCAAGAGCAACGCUUCGUGUGUCCUGGCUCCCGAGGAGAUUCUCGGUCCUUACUAUGUUGCCGGAGAGUUCAUCCGCUCCAACGUUGUCGAGGACCAAGUUGGUGUUCCCGUUCACCUUGACAUCUCCUUCAUCGAUGUCACUACUUGCAAACCCCUUGUCAACUCCUACGCGGAUAUCUGGCAGGCCAACUCCACUGGUGUCUACGGCGGUGUCAUCCAGGAGGGCUUCGAGGACCGCAACGACAGCUGGGAGGACACCUGGGGCCUGACCUGGCUGCGCGGCAUCCAAAAGACCGACAACGAUGGCGCCGUGCACUUUGAGACCAUCUUCCCCGGCCACUACGAGGGCCGCACUGUGCAUAUCCACGUGCUGACGCACCCCCACGCCACGCCGCUCCCCAACAACACCAUCAUCGAUGAGCGCGCCUCGCACGUCGGCCAGAUGUACUUUGACCAGGACCUCGUCGACCGCGUCGAGACCCUCGCCCCGUACAACACCAACCAGAACCCCAAAACCUCCAACGAAGAGGACGAGUUCCUGCAAGGAGACCUGCAGGCCGGCGGCUACCCCUACCUGCAGUACAAGCUGGUCGGCGACAAGCUCGAGGAUGGCCUCGUCGCCUGGCUCAACUUUGGUGUCAACGGCACCCAGGACAAGGUCGUCGACCCCAUCACCACCUACCACCCCCGCCCUACCAAGCCGGCCAACGCUUGCGCGUAG